GUAAAGUGCAACCCUCCCUGAUGAUACGGCAGUGGUAUAAUACAGGCCCUGCGUUCUCAGCUCAGAGUAGGAAAAGGGUAUUUCAAACCGAAGUGGACACACAGGUGAAUACACACAACCCAAGAUCACGGGAUUGGAUUGGUCCAUCAUGUGGACAUGGGCACUGCUUCCGGUUAUCCUGGCAGUAUUUGGCACUGUGGGCAUGUGGGCUGUGUUUGGUAUAGCUGUAUCUAAUGAAACAGUUAAUCUGACUGCUGGGUUCCCCUACAUCAGCACUUGUGGCUCAUAUAACCCUCAGAGCUGUCUCUUCUCCCAGAUUUGCAACAUCUGUUCAGUACUGGCUCUGUGGAUUGUGAUUAUAAGGUUCCAGCAGGUGAGGGAUCUGGGCUGUGCGUCCCGGGUGAACACAUGCAGUAUUGUUCUCGGAUUCAUCUCCUCAAUAGGAAUCUCUGUGCUGGGGAACUUCCAGCAAUCAGUGGAUAUGCAAGUUCACUUGCUCGGGGCGUUCCUGGCAUUUUAUGUGGGUUUGGCUUAUUUCUGGAUUCAGGUGUGGCUCACCUAUCGUGCUGAGCCAUCACAUGACAGGAAGUGGGCAGGACCAUCAAGGAUUGUGUUCUGCAGUCUUUGUACCUGCCUCAUUCUUGCCAUGACUGUGCUACAUAACUUAGGCUACCGUUCAGCAGGGGCCAUUUGCGAGUGGGCUGCGGUCAUGUGCUUCUUCGUUCUUUUCGGAGUUUUCACAGCUGAGUUUCGGCACAUCGACUUCCACAAACUCCAUGUGCAGCAUGACGGAUUCAGCAAAAGUCGUAGUGAUUUGACAAUGGAACAUGUUCAAUAAAGAACUACAGGAUGCCUGACUGGACCCUUAGCUGUCUCACUCAAAUGCUCAUGGUCAAGUGGGAGCAUCACUUACAGCACAUGAAUAAAUGCCUAAAAACCAUAAAUCCUUUUCCUCUUCAUGCUAAAGAAUAAACAUUUUUUACAAGAUUUAUCAAACUUCUUUAGGAAGAAGCCUAAUGUAUGCCUGUAUACUAAUUUAUGCUCUAUGUAUGCAAAAGUUUAAAUACCCCUGGUCAAAUCACAUUUUGCUCAUUUUCAAGUGAAACAAGUACAAGCAUCCUCUACUGAACUAUGGACUUUUUCCUGUAAAUUUUAGCACACAAUGUCAUUUUAUUUAUUUGGGAAAAAAUAAAACAUAAAAUCUAAAAUGUGCUUUACCGGCCACAUUUUAUAUUUCAUCUUUAUUUUGGUUGGUGUAGUGUAGUGGGUAACACCUCUGCCUUCUACACUGUAGACUGGGGUUCAAUCCCUCGCCUGGUUAAGCACUCUACUCUAUACCAAUAAGAGUCCUUGGGCAAGGCUCCAAACACUACCUUCGCCUACCUGUGUAAAAUGAUCAAAUUGUAAGUCACUCUGGAUAAGAGCGUCUGCCAAAAGCCAUAAAUUUAAAUGUAAUGUAAAUGUAUUUUUUAGAGGUCAUUUACAUAUGGGUCUCAAAGAACCAGCAGCAGUCUGUUUAAUUAUAAGGCAGUGUUCACCAACCCUGUGCCUGUAGAUCUACUUUUCUGUACAGCUUAGCUCCAACCACUGAAUGUGAAUGCAUGAAUUCUUACACACAUACAAAACAUGCUGAAAUAUUAAUGAUUGUAAAACAUACUAAUGUAUUUUUGUGUGCAUUUGAAUAAAUACUAUGUUCUUACUUAUUUAA